AUGUCCGCUCGCCCUCAAAUCACUGUCUACUCCCUUUCUGGUGAGACUUCGUCUUCCAACGUCGUUGUUCCUGCCAUUUUCAAGGCUCCCAUCAGAACCGACAUUGUUCACUCUGUCUGGACUGGUGUUGCUAAGAACAAGCGUCAGGCUUACGCUGUUGCCAGCAAUGCCGGUGAGCAAACCUCUGCUGAAUCUUGGGGUACCGGUCGUGCUGUUGCUAGAAUUCCCCGUGUUGGUGGCGGCGGUACUCACCGUUCUGGUCAGGCUGCUUUUGGCAACAUGUGCCGUGGUGGUAGACUUUUCGCUCCUACCAAGGUCUGGAGAAAGUGGCACGUCAAGGUCAACCACAACCAAAAGAGAUACGCUACUGCUUCUGCUAUUGCUGCUACCGCUGUCGCUCCUCUUGUCCUUGCCCGUGGUCACCGUGCCGAGAAGAUCCCUGAGGUUCCUCUUGUAGUUUCCAGCGAGUUGGAGACUAUUUCCAAGACUAAGGAUGCCGUUGCCGCUCUUAAGGCUGUUGGUGCCGGUGCUGAUGUUGCCCGUGUUAUUAAGUCUAAGACUCUCCGUGCUGGUCAGGGUAAGCUCAGAGGUCGUCGCUUCACUCAGAGAAAGGGCCCUCUUGUUGUCUACGCUGAGGACAAGGGUCUCGUUAAGGCUUUCAAGAACAUUCCUGGUGUUGAAACUGCUAACGUGAAGUCUCUUUCUCUUCUCCAGCUUGCUCCUGGUUCCCACCUUGGAAGAUUUGUCAUUUGGACUGAGUCUGCCAUUGCUCUCCUUGAUGACAUUUGGGCUUCCAAGUCUGGAUUCUCUCUUCCCCAGGAUCUUAUUUCUAACAGCGAUCUCAAGUCUAUCCUCGAUUCUUCCGAGAUUCAGGCUGCUCUCAGACCUGCUAACAAGAACAGACAGGAGAAGGCUCCUCAAAAGAAGAACCCUCUUAAGAACAAGGAGGCUCUUUUGAAGCUCAACCCUUAUGCCGGUGUUAAGAAGACUUCUAAGGUUGAGAAGAAGGAUGUUGCCACAAACAAGGUCCUUGUUGACAUCUUGAACCAGGAGUAG